GUUUUUAUACUACUGUUUUCCCCGUCCAUCUCUCUCUCCUCGCCUCGGGCUGCCUCUCUCUUCCUCCCCACCCUCUCCCUCCGCCGCAUCCCCGCGCUGCCAAACCCUAACCCUAAACCCCGCCCACGCGCGCCUCCUCCCCAGCCCCUCGCCGGCGCCCGUCCCCGGCGGCCGGAUUCGGAUUCGCCGCGCCGGGCCGGUCCGAUCGAUGUAGGCAGCGACACGCGCUGCCCACGCAUCACACCCUACACACCCCGCCCCGAGAUGGCCGCGGAGUGGCGAGCCGGGUGAGAACCUCGCGGGAGGGACCGGCGAGACGUAGAUGGCAUUGGGAGAUCUCAUGGCGUCCAGGCUCGUGCACUCCUCCUCCUCCUCGUCCUCCUCGCCCUCGCUCCCCACGCCCUCCCCGGCGGCCGCGGCGGUGGCCCUCCGCGCGGAUGCCGACCUCCCCGCCGCCAACGGCCCGGACCCGCUGCUCCCCGCCGAGCGGGAGGAGGAGGAGGACGACGGGCGGGCCGUGGGCCUCGUCGCCUGCCUGCCGCAGACCGUGGUCCUCUGCGAGCAGCGCCACGACGGCUUCGAUGAGGCCGCUGCCGCCGCCGCCGGGCCCUCCACCAGCGGCCCCGUCUCCAAGUGGCGCCCAAAGGACCGGAUGAAGACUGGAUGUGUUGCACUUGUAUUAUGCUUAAACAUUAGUGUUGAUCCACCGGAUGUAAUUAAAAUUUCCCCUUGUGCAAGAAUGGAGUGUUGGAUAGAUCCAUUUUCUAUGGCACCUCCCAAAGCGCUUGAAACUAUUGGAAAAACAUUACACUCACAGUAUGAGCGAUGGCAACCUAAGGCUCGUUAUAAGCUUCAGCUGGAUCCCACAGUCGAAGAAGUAAAGAAGCUUUGUAAUACUUGCCGCAAAUAUGCCAGAUCAGAGAGAGUUCUUUUUCAUUACAAUGGUCAUGGCGUACCAAAGCCUACAGCCAAUGGGGAGAUUUGGGUGUUUAACAAGAGUUACACACAGUAUAUCCCUCUUCCGAUUACUGAUCUUGAUUCAUGGCUGAAAACACCAUCGAUUUAUGUUUUCGACUGCUCAGCAGCUGGAAUGAUUGUCAAAGCUUUUCUUGAGCGCCUAGACUGGAGUUCAAGCUCUUCUACAUCUUCGAAGGAUUGCAUUCUCCUUGCUGCGUGCGAGUCACAUCAAACUCUUCCACAGAGUGCAGAAUAUCCUGCUGAUGUGUUUACAGCUUGCCUGACCACACCCAUCAAAAUGGCGUUGCACUGGUUUUGUAAUCGAUCAUUACUCCGUGGUUCUCUGGAUCACUCUCUUAUUGACCAAAUUCCUGGAAGGCAAAAUGACCGUAAAACACUCCUGGGGGAGUUGAACUGGAUUUUCACUGCUAUUACAGAUACUAUUGCAUGGAAUGUUCUUCCUCAUGAACUAUUCCAAAGGCUUUUCAGGCAGGAUCUUUUGGUCGCUAGUCUUUUCCGCAACUUCCUACUUGCUGAGAGAAUCAUGCGGUCUGCAAACUGUUCUCCAAUUACAUACCCAAUGUUGCCACCAACACAUCAACACCACAUGUGGGAUGCAUGGGACAUGGCUGCGGAGAUCUGCCUUUCCAAGCUUCCUCAAUUGAUUGCUGAUCCUAACGCAGAGUUUCAGCCGAGCCCAUUUUUCACGGAACAAUUGACAGCAUUUGAAGUGUGGCUUGAUCAUGGCUCGAAGGAUAAGAAACCACCUGAACAAUUACCCAUUGUUCUUCAGGUCCUGCUUAGUCAAUCACACAGAUUUAGAGCGCUCGUUCUUCUCGGAAGAUUUCUUGACAUGGGACCGUGGGCAGUUGAUUUGGCCUUGUCUGUUGGUAUCUUCCCUUACGUGCUCAAACUUCUUCAAACAAGUGCGAUGGAGUUGCGUCAAAUUCUUGUGUUCAUAUGGACAAAAAUUCUCUCUCUUGAUAAGUCAUGCCAGGUUGAUUUGGUGAAAGAUGGAGGGCAUGCAUAUUUUAUCAGGUUUCUCGACAGUUUGGAUGCUUACCCAGAGCAGCGUGCCAUGGCUGCUUUUGUUUUAGCAGUUAUUGUGGAUGGGCAUAGGAGGGGUCAAGAGGCUUGUAUGAACGCAGGUCUUAUAGAUGUUUGCCUGAGACAUCUGCAACCUGAGAAUCCUCAUGAUGCACAAACAGAGCCUUUGCUUUUGCAAUGGCUUUGUUUAUGCCUUGGCAAACUGUGGGAGGAUUUUCCUGAGGCUCAGUUACUUGGUCUACAAUCAAAUGCACCAGAAAUUGUUAUAUGUUUAUUGGCCGAGCCUCAACCUGAGGUUAGAGCCUCUGCUGUUUUUGCUCUUGGAAAUCUCUUGGAUAUUGGAUCUUCAUCAGUGAAUGGAGGUGAUGAUGACUCUGAUGAUGAUGAAAAGGCGAGGGCUGAAAUAAAUGUUGUUCGAAGCCUUCUGCAACUUUCUUCAGAUGGUAGCCCUCUUGUUAGAGCUGAGGUGUCUGUAGCUCUUACCCGCUUUGCGUUGGGCCACAACAAACAUCUCAAAAUUGUUGCUGCGGAGUACUGGAGACCUCAAACCAAUUCACUACUAAAGUCAUUACCAUCAUUGGCCAAUAUUAAUAACCCAAGCAAUGUUUACAGUCCCAGCAACUUUCUGCAAGGCAGCAGUGGUCUCUCUUCUCAUAUUGGUCCUGUGUUAAGGGUUGGUAGUGAUAACAGUGCCACGGGUCGUGAUGGGAGAAUUUCUACGAGCAGCCCGAUCGCGACAAACAGCAUCAUGCAUGGGUCUCCUCAGUCAGACGAUUCUUCUCAGCACUCUGAUUCAGGCAUAUUGCUUAGGGAGAAUGCAAGUAACGGCGGUCUCAACUACACCAGGUCAAGGCCUAUUAUUGAUAGUGGAAUUUAUUCUCAAUUUAUUUCGACUAUGUGCUCUGUUGCUAAAGACCCUUAUCCAAGAAUUGCAAGUAUUGGCCGGAAAGCACUAUCCCACGUAGGGGUCGAGCAAGUGGUCAUGAGAAAUAGAUUUGGCAGUGGGGGUGCAGGCGAGACAUCUGCUCCUUCAUCAAACAUUGGAAUGGCACGUUCUUCUUCCUGGUUUGACAUGAACUCUGCAAAUUUCUCAAUGGCAUUUAGGACUCCUCCUGUUAGCCCCCCUCAGCAUGAUUACCUUACAGGGCUGCGCCGCGUGUGUUCUAUGGAGUUUAGACCACACCUCUUGAAUUCCCCUGAUGGCUUAGCUGAUCCGGUCUUAAGCUCUGCUGCAGCGCCCAGUACCAGUGAGCUUAAUAUACUUCCCCAAUCAACAAUUUAUAACUGGAGUUGUGGCCACUUCUCUAGGCCACUUCUAAAUAAUUCUGAUGAUAACGGGGAAGCAAGUGCUAGAAGAGAAGAGCGGGAACGAAUUGCAAUGGAUUGCAUUGGAAAAUGUCAGCGUUCCUCAGCAUGCAAGAUGACCAGCCAAAUUGCUAGUUGGGAUACAAGGUUUGAGCUGGGUACAAAAUCAGCAUUGCUUUUGCCUUUUGCACCAAUCGUUGUUGCAGCUGAUGAGAACGAGCAAAUAAGAGUGUGGAACUAUGACGAUGCUCUACCAGUGAAUACUUUUGAAAACCACAAGUUAUCUGAGAGAGGUCUAUCAAAACUUUUGCUUAUCAAUGAGCUUGAUGAAAGCUUGCUUUUAGUUGGCUCAAGUGAUGGAAAUGUCCGUAUAUGGAGAAACUAUACCCAAAAGGGUGGACAGCAACUUGUAACUGCUUUCUCAUCAGUUCAGGGCCAUCGAGCUGUUGGACGUAGUGCUGUUGUUGACUGGCAACAGCAAUCUGGUUAUCUGUAUGCAUCUGGUGACAUGUCUUCCAUCUUUGUAUGGGAUCUUGACAAGGAGCAACUUCUCCACACCAUACAAUCAUCUGCUGACAGCGGCAUUUCAGCUCUGUCUGCAUCUCAAGUUCGAUCCGGUCAAUUUGCUGCUGGUUUUAUUGACGCAUCCGUGAGAAUAUUUGAUGUUCGUACUCCCGACAGGUUAGUUUAUAUGGCAAGACCACAUUCCCCAAGAACUGAAAAGGUUGUCGGUAUAGGAUUUCAGCCUGGAUUUGAUCCAUACAAGAUUGUAAGCGCAUCUCAAGCUGGAGACAUUCAGUUUCUUGAUAUUAGAAGGGCAGCUGAACCCUACCUCACUAUUGAAGCUCACAGGGGUUCAUUAACUGCAUUAGCUGUUCAUAGACAUGCCCCGGUCAUUGCAAGUGGCUCAGCUAAGCAGAUGAUUAAAGUGUUCAGUCUUGAAGGAGAACAAUUAACGAUCAUUCGCUACCAGCCAUCUUUUAUGGGCCAAAGAAUAGGCAGUGUAAACUGCCUUUCUUUCCAUCCGUACAAAUCUCUCUUGGCUGCUGGUGCUGGUGAUAAUGCUCUGGUCUCUAUCUAUGCUGAGGACAAUUAUCAAGUAAGAUGAGGUUUACAAUCUUGUGGCAUGCAAUGACGAUGCAAUCAGUAGGCCAUAUGAUUGGCCAACUGCUGGAUCCGCAGCAGGUUCAGCUACAAGAUACAAGAUGAUACAAAGCCUGGUCAGCAACAUGGUGGUGGUGCUAGUGCUGCGGCUUUUGGUCCAUAUUGCUUGUGUUGGGCAUCUACAUCUCUGAUCGGCGUGUGCAAUUUGUAAGAUACAAAAAAAGAUUCAUUAGCCUCCCCUGCAGAAGGUUGUGAAAGUGAUAGGCAGCUGUUGUCCCCAUCAGUGAACUAGGAGGCUUCUCAAAUAAUCAUACCUAGGUUAGCUGAAAUGUAAAUAGCCGUCCGCAUUUGGAUUGUUCUCUUAGUCAGUUCUCUUUCUUUCCAAAGUGUAAAAAGGUUUGCCGACGCUUCAUAUCAUAAGUCGGGUUUGGCGGUGGCCUGCUCGAGCAAGUGGUUGUUUAUAUGGGCCAGGGAGGGAGAAUGCAAUGCACAUGCCUCCUCACAGAUGUUCUGCAUAGAUAGAUGCUCCUUUUCCAGCUAAUAUAGGAUUAGAGGUGAGUUGUUACCAUGGCUUGCUUGAAUUAGUAUUCUCCAGCUCAUUCAUUGUCACAGCUCUGGCUUCACUGUCUAUUUGUAUAUAUGAACUGCAUUUGUACAGUAGUUAACUCUCUCUUAAGAUGUAAUGCAUGUUUAUCCUUGGGUGUAUCUGACAUUCUGAUGAAUAAUUAAGUGAAGAAGAAGCUUGUGUCUGUA